GUUCGCUCACCGCCUUGCAGCUGUGACGUGCGUCGACUCUCCUCUCGCGCGUGCUACUCUAAUCGGCUGGCGAUAAAGCGACGCACGCAGACUGAAGUGCAGCGUGCAGGAGUUGCACGGCUACAAGUCGGAGGGAAGUGCUGCCGACUCUCACGGAGAUCACGCCACGUUUCGGUGCUGACUUCUUCUUGAUAGGCUGCUUCGCUCACGCACACGUACCCACGUUGGACGCACAAGACAAUGUUCUGAGCUUACUCAGAGGCGAGAACACGACUCAUCCAAAUAAAAAAGCGAAGGAGGUGCAACGAUGGCCGAGCCGAAGGUGCAGACGCCCAACGGCAAUGGCUAUUACGAUUUGGACGAGGCCGAGGGUGACGGCGACAGCUCGAGCGCGGCCUGCCGAGUGUCCGAUCCGCACAACCGAAGCGAGAGCCCGGUGUUCGGUAACGAAGGCAACAACGACGCGGGCAUGCGGCACGUGGCUCACGAGCUGCCGAACGAGAUCUCGGCCCCGUACGAGGUGCCGCAGUUUCCCAUCGAGCAGAUCGAGAAGAAGCUACUAAUUCAGCGCCAGCUAACCGUCAAAGCGGCCAAAGAUUUGGAGGAGCGUCGUAGCCAUUACGAACCGUCGCUUGGUCCUGCACCGGACGACAGCGAUCAUCUGUUUCCACUCGAGGAAAAUGACUUCGUGCCGCAUUUCCAGCGAGUUUCCAUAUCCGGCGAGGACACUUCGGGGGUACCGCUGGAGGACUUGCAGCAAGCGUCGCAGAUGUUGGUGCAAGCUCUGGCUAUCCGCGAGAAAUACAUGUUCAACUCGAAACAGUCCUUCCCCACGAUUACCUCCAGAUUCCUGAGGAGCGUCGACAAGAAGCCCGUGAACGCCGAGAACGAAUAUCAGCACGACGAUCGCAUGGCUAUCGAAGAUCACCCGGUGCACGCACCGGCGUCGCGCGACCCAUGGCAAUGCGAAUUUCCAGCCUCGAAGCACUACGAAAUCGCCCCGAUCGGCGGUGUGUUCAACCUGUUCGCCUCGGAGGAGGACUUGGCCAACAAUAAGCCAGUUCCACAUCCGUAUCCCGAUCUUGCGACCUUCGUCCGUGACAUGAAUCUGCUCUGCACCAUGAUCGCCGACGGGCCGUUGAAGUCGUUCUGCUACAGGCGACUGAGCUACCUGUCCUCCAAGUUCCAACUGCACGUGCUCCUGAACGAGCUUCGCGAGCUCGCGAGUCAGAAGGCCGUGCCCCAUCGCGACUUCUACAACAUCAGAAAGGUCGACACUCACAUUCACGCUGCGUCGUGCAUGAAUCAAAAGCACCUGCUGCGCUUCAUCAAGAAAACGCUGAAGAAUCACGCGGACGAAGUGGUUACGUGCUCCAAGAGCGGCGACAAGAUGACUCUCAGAGAGGUGUUCCAGUCGAUGAAGCUGACGACUUACGAUCUCAGCGUCGACAUGCUCGACGUACACGCGGACAGAAACACGUUCCACAGGUUCGACAAAUUCAAUGCCAAGUACAAUCCCAUUGGCGAGAGUCGUUUGCGCGAGGUGUUCCUCAAAACGGACAACUACAUCGACGGCAAGUUCUUCGCUUCGAUCAUCAAAGAGGUGCUCAGCGACCUGGAAGAGUCCAAGUAUCAGAACGCCGAGCUCAGACUCUCGAUUUACGGUAAGAGCCCCGAGGAAUGGGACAAAUUAGCCAAGUGGGCACUCGACAGCAACGUGUACUCCGACAAUGUACGCUGGCUCAUACAGAUACCUCGGUUGUACGACAUCUUCAAGUUAAACAAAUUGAUGACCAAUUUCCAAGAGAUCCUGAACAACAUAUUCUUGCCUCUGUUCGAGGUCACCAACGAUCCCGAAUCGCAUCCCGAACUACAUAAGUUCCUUCAGUAUGUGAUAGGUUUCGAUUCCGUAGACGACGAGAGUAAGCCCGAGAAUCCUCUGUUCGACAAGGACGUUAGUCCACCGGCUGAUUGGAAUGACGUUGAGAAUCCUCCCUACGCUUAUUAUCAGUACUACACCUAUGCGAAUAUGACUGUGCUCAACCACUUCAGAGAAGAGCAAGGCCUCAACACGUUCGUCCUACGACCUCAUUGCGGAGAAGCAGGUCCUAUUCAACAUUUGGUCUGUGGUUUUAUGAUGGCCGAAAACAUAUCCCACGGACUUUUACUCCGAAAAGUACCCGUUCUUCAGUAUCUCUACUAUUUAGCUCAAAUUGGAAUCGCCAUGUCGCCUCUGAGUAACAAUUCUCUAUUCUUGAAUUAUCAUCGCAAUCCUUUGCCCGAGUAUCUUGCCAGAGGCCUCGUCGUCAGUUUAUCCACCGAUGACCCGCUACAAUUUCAUUUUACUAAGGAACCACUCAUGGAAGAGUAUAGCAUUGCUGCUCAGGUAUGGAAGCUCAGCUCAUGCGACAUGUGUGAGCUUGCGAGGAACUCUGUGAUUAUGAGCGGAUUUCCCCACAAGAGCAAACAAUAUUGGCUGGGUCCGAAUUACACGAAGGAAGGCGUUGCGGGCAACGACAUUACUCGUACGAACGUGCCCGACAUCCGAGUUGCCUACCGCUACGAGACCUUAGUCGACGAACUCUCCAACAUAUUUAAAACCGUGGAGAAACCGGACGUUUUCUAGCUACUGUCAAAGAGGCUGCGCUCCUCGAUCGAUGUCAACGACAUCGCCAUCUAAGCAAAAUUAUUGUUGUGCGGAUGAAUAUUCGACAAGAUAUUUACUAUAUGCUGUGUAUAUAAUAUAUAUAUGCAUCUAUUCUUUUAAUUUCUCAUUCAAUAUACCGAAUGGUUUGACAUCACAAUCAAUUUCAAAACUAAUAAGUAUAGACCAAUAGUUUUUUGCAAUAAUAAUAUAUAUUACUGCUUCUCCAAAGUGUAUUAAUCGAAUUGUUAUUUAGGCUAUGAAAUUGUCAAAUUAACAAUUUUCUGAAGAAUACCUUUGAUGCUAUAUUAUAAUUAUUAAUCGUGGGAAAUUUAUAAUGGUAUAAAAAUUAUAAUGUAAACGAUGUUUAUACGAUUAAACAGUAAGAUUUGCUCAAGAUCGACCAAAUUAAUGAUUUACAACUAUUAGUCCUUUGUAUUUGUUUUUUUUCUUUGAUUAGAUCGAUAAUUCCAAAAUUUAAAUUGUAAUGAAUAUAUAUCCAGAACUGACACGGGUCGGAGCGAAAUGGUUUGCCUUCGAUCGAUGUGCUAAUCGUUCAAUCUAGUAAUGCAUUCUAUAUUUUGUUACCUUUUGUACGUUUAUACUACUGAGAACCACGUUUGAUUGUUAAUCAAGACAUAAAACAACAGUAAAUAUGUGCAUAAUUCUUGUUUAAAGUGAUGAUAUAGUUAUAAAUGACAAAUGUUUAUGGUUACUACAAGUUAUAAUUCU